AUGGAAGUGAAUUGGAGACAAAUCCUCUCUGUGAGUCCUGAAAAAAUUGAGGAUGAGGAUAAAAAGGAUGAGAUAUUUGAAGAAAUUAUCCAUGUGAGUGAUUAUGACAAGUUCGAUGGCAAGACCUAUAGGAAACUCUUUAAAUUGUGCCAGCAUUUGCUGCGAUACAAAGGUGAGCAGGUUGCCUCCCUUUUGGCCGAAUUGGACGCCCUGGCGACCAAAGAGGCUGAAAUGGAAAUUCUCGGGACACCGGAAUACAAAUCCCUUGAAAGCGAAAACACAAAACUUCGAAAGCAAGUUGAAAGAUUGGAAUUUUCAAAUGUACAAUCAAAGGGAAAGAUUAAAGAGUUAUCUGAAGAAAUUCUCAAUCUGCAAAAAAAGUAUCAAGAUAGCCAAUUUGGGAGUGAAAGAGAAGAUUCACCAGAUGCUCUUUCAGACUUGGAUCGCCAGCAGGAACUUUUGAAUAAUAUCAGUGCAAAAAACAAACAUAUCAAGCGUCUCCUGAGGGAUAUUGAAACUUUGGAAAAGGAAUCUGGGGGCCUUACCAAGCAAAUCCAGGAACUCAGAGGAGCUCUCGAUGAAGCAACUUCGAGUCUAGCUUCAGUGACAGAUAAAUAUGCUGAAGCAAAAUAUAAAAUCCGUGAACAAAAUGAUUUUAUUGAGGCUCUGGGGGUAAAAGUAAAGGAUCUGGAAGGAGUCAUUGAAGGAAUGCAGAGAGAAAUGGAGGAGCGUGAUAUGGAGAUUGAUUCAUUUGGAAGGAAACUCGAAGAACGUGCUUAUGCCUGGAAAAAUCUAAUAGAAGAAAAGGAUGCAGAACUUGAGAAGCUCAAAGAAAAGUAUGAAGAACUCCUAGAGCAGCAUCCUGGCUACAAUAUUGAUGCUGAGCGCAAGGAAAUGCGCCGUUUAGCUGAAGAAUUGAAGCUUAAAGAAGAAAAAGUCACCCUUCUGGAAAAGCAAUUGGAAGAAUCCAGGCAGAGUCAAUCCCGUGAAAUACCAGAAAAAUCCGGAAAAGGGGAAUCUAAUUGCUGCGAAGAUAAACAGACCCUUCUGGAUCAGGCUAAAGAAAAAAUCACAGAAUUGGAAUUUUCAAUGAUAUCACUUGAAGAGGACAAUGUGCUUAAAGCUAAACAAGCUCUUGAAGCAAUUGAUGCUCUGAGGCAGUAUGAAUCCGGGACUGAUGGUCUUCCGCAAGCCCUAACAAAAAUUUCCAAUCUUGAGAGGAAAGUAAAAUCAAGAGAUAAACAAAUUUGUGCUCUAGUUGCUGAACUCAAUACACUCCAGAAUCUUGCAUCUGAAAAUGUGGUGCUUAGGAAGAAGCUGGGUAUUGCAGAAGAUGAAUUUAUUUCUACAACAUCCUUCCACGCAAAGAAGAGGAAGCUUGUGAAGCUUACAGAGCGUCUGCAGUUGAAGUUGAGGGCGUCUGAAGAAAUGCGUUUGCAAUUGAAACUCGAGAAGAAUGAUCUGAAACGCCGUCUGGGAUCACAUCCUCGCCCAGAAUCCGAAGAUCUUCCUGUAGAUUCAAAAAUCUGUGAAAAGUGCCUGAAAACAUUCAUUCCAGAUGACAAUAUUUGCUUAUCCUGCAGUAAGACAGAUAUCAGAGUAAAAGAUGAGAAUGAUUUGGAGAAGAAGAUAACGAAAUUAGAAGAAAACUACAAAGUUGUUGUGGAUGAAAAUGAAAAUUUGCGAAUUGGAAUGCAUGAAAUUCUUCAUCAAUUGAGAGACUAUGAUGCUACCUCUGAGCACAUUACGAUUGAUUCAUCAACUUUAGAAAAACUACUGCAUGCUCUGGAUGCCAGAAGUGUCAGUGGAUGGUAUCAUCCAGCCAUGAGAAUGCAAAAUGAACUCAUGGUGGUUAAAGAAAGAGAAUUAGCUUUAAAAGAGCGCGUGAGGGUAUCUGAAAGACAAACUAGUACUCAAACCAUUCAGGAAGAUUCUAAAAAUCCCGUUGGUAUUGACAAAGUUACUCAAACAGAUUUCACUGAAGAAGUCUCAAUGAACUUUGAUACAAUCCUGUGUCAUCUUUGCGAGAAAAAUAAAGAACUGGAGGAAUUCAGAGAGAAAUGUACAUCUUUAGCUACGGAACUUCAGCAGAAAAUAAUCGAAAGUGACUCUAUGAAGCAUUAUAGUGUUGAAUUGAAUCAACUCAGGGAGGUACUUAGCCUCUCUGAAGAUCAAAGAGAUCAGAAUCUUUUGAAGAAAAGCGAAGAAUUUUCAAAUUUAGAACGAGAAAUCCAGACAAAUCGUCGAAAACUGGAAUUCUUGAUGGUGGACUUUGAAAAUGUGUCCGAGGAACUCAAACAGGAACGCAAAGAUCGGUUAUUCUUAGUCGGGGAGCUUGAGAAGGAACUAACAAACCGUAGGACAAAAAUAAGAUAUCUAGAACAAGAAAUUAAUGAGAUUAGAGAAAAAAAUUCUCAGCAAAUUUCAGAGACUGAGUACAAAAAACUCGAGGAACAACUUCAAAGAAACACUAACAAAUUAGCCAGGAUAUGUAAGGAAUCUUUUGAAAAUCUUCCAGCCACAGAGAAGGAAAGAAUACUACAGGACGACUUAGAGACUUUUAGAGAUUUUGCCAUUGUAGAUAGCAAUCUCACCGUAGAUCUUGUGACUCGAACGGAAUUCUUGGAUAUGAAAUAUGAUGCCAGGAAGGCCAAAGAGGAAGUAGCUAGACUUAAAAUUGAGCAAACACAUCUUCAAGAAGUGCUUCAAAUAGCUCAGCGGCAGAUUUCUUCACAACAAGAACUUCUGACAAAUUAUUCAGAUGAAGAAAUCUCACUGCGUCACCUCGUGGUAGAUCUUCAAUGUGUAGGAAGUGAUAAGCAGCUUAUAGCUCGGUGUGCUCGAGAAAUUGAAAAUCUCAAGGAAAAUGAACUAAAACUGAAGAAACAGAUUGAGAAUCUUACCACAAAAUUAAAAGAUUUGGAAGGAAAAUUCCAAGAAUCUGAGGAUAAAUUGAAAACUUCCGAAGAAGAAGCUUCCAAGAACCGAAAAAAUGAUCUUCUGAAAAUCCAAUAUCUCUCCCAAAGUCUUCAAUAUUUGAAAACUUCCUACUGCAAAUUUACCCCACUCUUCCUAAUUGAGGAAUUUGUGUCUACCUUGGGGAAAGUUCUAAAUCUCAAACAGAGUCUUCAAGAGGAACAGUCCAUCCGAGAGAGCCAAUUUCUUGAACAAAAUCUCGAAAAAUGUCUUGAGAAAAUUAGAGAAUCCAUCAGCCAUGAUACCAUUGAAGAUAAAAUUGCUCUGGUGAAGCAACAAACAUAUUCAGAGGCCAUUGAGCAACGGCUUGAAGAGUCCAGGAGAAAACAAGAAGAAAUCCAAAAAGAAUUAAUGGAUCUCAAAAUUUCAACUGCCACAUCAAUUCAACACUGGAACACCCUUGAGUUACUCUUGAAGACAAAUGGGCCAAAGAAAGAACAAAAGAUAAAUUGUGUGGAAAAACAAAUCCAGAACUCUCCAGAAAUGGCAAAUAAAGCCACAAAUACAGAAGGUGAAUAUCAGAGUACACCACUAGAUAUUCCUCAGAAGGUUGCUUUAGAGAAGUAUCCAGCGCCUCAACAAACCGAUAAUAAGAUGUCAGAAACCGAGAUGAAAGCUUCAAAUAAAUGCUUGGAAUCUCAGCUAAAGCAAGCAAUGAUCUUGGCUUCCACAAGGAGUACUCUCCUUCUUGAGACUGAGAGUCGCCUGGCGGAGGCUCAAGGCCGAAUUAAAGCAUUUGAAAAGAAUUUGGAGGAGAAAGACAAACUCUUGAAGGAAGAGAGAGAAAAGAACUUAAAUAAUGGAGAUAAAUCUGGUCAUAAGGAUGAUAAUAUCCUUAGUAUAACCAUUGCUUCUCUGCAGAAUCUACUUCUGGAAAAGGAUACCACUCUAUCUAGGUAUCAGGAACUCUUGAAAACCGAAAGAAAUGAACAUUCAAAGUCCAGCAAUGAGUAUCAGAAGGAGAUAGAGUCCCUAAGGGCUGAACUCGAUCAACUGUCCAGAAAAUUGAGGGAGAAGGAAACAGCAAUUGAGGAUAUGGAACAGAAGCUUAAAGAAACGCAUGCAAAAAUCAAAAUCGACUCUCCAGGAGUUUCUCCUGAGUCUGAGAAACUCUUCCUGGAUGAUCGGUAUUUGGAUGAAAUGUUUUUGGACGAGAAGAAAGUUUUAGCCGUCGAUGAAGCCCAAAAAAGUCACAUUGAGAGUCUCGAGAGGAAAAUUAUGGAGAAUGAGGAAGAGAUUAGGCGGAUGCAGCUGCAACUUCGAGAAGUUAGCAAUCGGGAGGCAAUGUGGGAAAAGAGUUUGACUGAGAAAGAUCGGGAGAUUUCAGCUCUCAACGAGAGAUUUAACACAGAUCUCAGGGACUUAUCUGACAAUAUAACUAAUCGACGGGAAAUUGAGCAGCUCAGAGAGAUGCUAGAGGAAAAGGAUCGUCAUAUUAAUGAUCUCACAGAUACCCUGACUCACUUCCAUGAUGAUCAGCAGAAAUUUAUGAGUGAUGCCACUCUCCACUCUGCUGACCAACUAGCUCAAUUGAGUGCUGAAUUGAGUCGUGCUGAGGCCACAAAUAAAGUCCUGAAUACUCAAAUUGAAGCCCUAAAGCGUCAGAUCACAAAUCUGAGCCAGAGGGAGAAACAGGCUAGGGAAAUGGUUAAAACUCUGAAAAAUCAACUCAUCCGACGACCAGUGAUCUCUAUCAAAAAUGAGAGAAUUACCAGUAGGGAAGAGAAUCUGCAGAGAAGGCUUGAGCAGGUGCAAAGUGAAUUAAUGGAUACAAAGGAAGAACUCAGAAAGCAAACAAAUCUGGCUGAAAGUAGAAAGGCCAAAAAUGCAUCAGAUCUAAAUCUGUGGGAGAAGCAGAAACGCUGGCAGGGAGUAGCUGAAAAGUUGAAGGUGAAGUUGGCUGAGAAGGAGUCGGAGCUUGAGAAGCUGAAGGUCAGCUUCAACACAGCCAAAGCUACAAUAUCGCGUCUUGAGCGAGAACGUCAUGUUCUAGAAACUCGACUUAGGGGUGGAAGUCGGUUCUGCCACUCUCCAUCAUGUCCACAUUCCCAUGCUGGAAAAUACACUCCAGCAGAGAGUCCCGAAUCCGAUGACGAAUACGAAGAUGGACAAAUAAAAGGAGUUACUGGAUUGUCAACAGUUCCCCGGGGAGUAGAUGGCUUGGAAAAUGGGCAGGAGAUCAUAGAAGCUCUAAAGGCGAGAAUUGAGUCUCAACAGAGGAAAAUUGUCGCAAUGGAAUUGGAGGGAAAAGGAUCCAGUGCAGUGGUGAAUGAAGUUGAAAAGCUCCAAGAGAGAGUGUCUUCGCUGGAAGCUCAAAAUCUCCGUCUUGAAGCAAGAAAUCUCCAACUCCAACUGGACAAUGACAUGCUGAAGCAGGGUGAUGAUGGGGAACGCCAGAAGAGAAGAAUUAAGCACAUGGAAGACUACAUUCUUGUACUUAAAAAUGAACUUAGCCAGGCAAAUGCCAAAGGAAAAGUUUCAAUUGCAAAUCAACCCCUUUCGGAUUCCCAUCAGACAAUUCUGGCUCUUAAGCGCCUUGUGGAGAGGCUCAAGGUUGAGAAUAAAACUCUCAAGGAGGGAAAGGUUCCGGCAAAAGAAUCAAUUUCGAAGGAAUCUUUUGAGAAACUCAAGGCAGAGUACGAAAAAAUGCAGAAUCUUCAUGCAGAAGCACUGGCUAGGGUAUCUUCACUGGAGAUUGAGUUAGAUCUCCAUGCAAGGGCAAAGGUGGAUGGAACUGGAAGGGAUUCUACGGAAGAUGUUCUAGAAGAUACAGCAGCAAUUCGUGAAAAAUUGCGGCAGAGAACAGAAUUGCUGGAGAAGGCUAAACUCCUGCUGACCAGAGCAGCAGCUAAAGAGAAAAAUCUGAGGGAGCAAAUCGUCUUUUGGAAGAGAAAGUGUUCAGAACUUCAGAAUGUGCCGUUCAUCGAGGAAACUAGCGAGUAAGAUUCUUAGCUUAAUUUAAUAUGCAUUUCGAGUGUGUUCUUAGAAUUUUUGUGGGAAGGAUAUAUUUUUUUAAUACUUACAUUUUUGCUACAUUUAAAUAUUUUGGAUGGAUGUGGAAUUUUCUCUUUUAAAUAACUCAUAUUUAAAUUUGUACAGGACGGGCUCAUUUCAGGAGAAAUUAUCGUAUUUAACAAAUCUUUGCGUUUCAUACGAUUUCUGAGAAAUGUCACUCUGUUUGUCCGUCUGUCCAUCCGGCUGUCGCCAGCUCUAUAGGCCAAACGGUUAGAGAUAGCGACUUGGGACCCCCCAUAAGUCGACCCAAUGAUCGUUAAUAUGCCCCUCAUUCCCCCCCCAUCCCCUCCAAAACCAUGUUUUUUGGGAUUGCUCGAAAACGCGUCGUGCGAUUUUUUUUCAUUUUUGGAUAUGGUUUAGAACGCUUAGAGAUUACCCAGGCGGACAUUCGACCAUGUAUGAAAAUGCCAUUGAAUCAUUCCUAAUACCGGUUUUUCAAGGUCAAAGAUUAAAAAGGAUCAAGAGAGCGCAUUUAUCAGGCGAAUGAGGUCAUGUUUGGGUUCGUUGGAAAAGUCAUGGAAUUCCCGAUAAAACUCAACCGGUUCCAGUCGGUUUUCAAUAGAUUUAUAACCGAUAACUAUUUUUUAUCCGAAAUUCAAUCAUAUGACUCCUAAGAUAUUUUGAGAAAUGUUUUGAGUGAUUUAUAAAUCGGUUUAUGGACCGAUUAAGUAAUAUGAAUCGAUAUUAAGUAAUUUUUGUCCGAAAAUCACUUUUAUUACUCUGUAAACUAUUUUGUGGAAUCUUUUGGUCGAUCUAAAAAUCGGUUUAAUUUAAUUUAAUUUAAUUAAAUCGGUUUAAUUUAAGUUCAGAAUCGGGAAACAGUAAAUGAUACGAAAGUACUUUUGAGGUAUAGCAUUUAAGUCACGAGUUCGAGCACUUCACAAAGCCUGGCACGCUUUGCCACCUUUUUAUUUUCGAAAACUCCCUCACAAGAGGUGGCAAAGCGUUCCAUUUGCGAAAUGCUCGAACACAAGAAAGAGUGUCCGGCAUAAAUAGUUUCACCGUUUUUUAUGUUCAAUACCGGUUCAAAAUGGUAAAUAAAUUAUCAAAAAACCAUCUCAAAAUUGAAAAUUCAUCAAGUAGCUAUAUUUAAUCUUGAAGCAAACUUACUUUAUACAUAUUUUUGUGAAAUAAAUUAUAGAGAAUCGUAUCGAUGCCAAAGCGAUUUAAUCCCGAUUAAGACCGAUGCAACUACGUUUGGAAUUCCAAGACCUUUCAAAAAAAACCCAAAUUUGGUCAAUCCUGCUGAAAACAAAGAUCUAAUAGACGAAAAAGAUCACUUUGGACUAGCCACCAAGCGUUUCCGAGAUUUUCGAAAAUGUAUAGAAUCAUUUUGACAUAUAUUUCAUCAUAUAUUUGAUGGAUUUGAGGGGGGAAUAGGAAACGAUUGAAAGGGGAGAAAUAAAGUUUUUAUUCUCGAGAUAAUGUCAUUUUUGAAGGGAUCUUCGAAAACCUCAAAUUGAUAUCUCGUACCGUUUGCUCUAUAGGUCGAUGAGACGACUAAAAACCCUAAAAACCUAUGAAGAACAAUAUUUUCAAAAAUAAAUUUAUUUACCGAUACUUAACCGAUUAAGACCGACGCAGUCGCAUUUGGUAAACUUAAGACUUUUCGAAUAAAUCAAAAUUUAUCUAAAUCAGUUGAAAAAUAUAAGGGCUUCAGAGUUCAGAGUGGUCGUUCGGGUCGAUCACGAGAAAGUGGGAAUAAAAUUCUCUAAUCAACUUUGAGAAAAGCCAAAAAAAAAUAUUUUUUUGGUGAACACCGUGAACACAGUUAAACAAAAAAAAA